GGUGUAACAUAACUUUUCCCUGACCCUCCGUAUAUUACCCCGCCGACUUUUAACCUUGGAUCACCAGGGCUUUAGCCAAUUACUCAGGUGGGAAUAGCGCCGGCAUUUCAAUUGCUUGAGAUAUUUUGUAUUUUGUCCCUGUUCCCCUUCUUAAUCUUUUGAGCCAUUUCUUAACAGUCGACCCAAGACAAGACUUUCAAAAUCCCACAAGACAACCACCCGCUCUUCACUUCACGAUGUCUACUACAACUACAACCACACAGGCUGAGCCUAUCACUGCUGAGAGCAUUCUUCGCCUUUUCCCUGAUAUCGACACGAGCUCUGCAGAGCUCGAAGGACACGAUGAGGAGCAGAUCAGAUUGAUGGACGAAGUAUGCAUUGUUCUGGACGAAAAUGAUAAGCCUAUUGGCAACUUCAGCAAGAAGAUAUGUCAUCUCAUGACAAACAUCGACAAAGGCCUCCUUCACCGCGCGUUCUCCGUCUUUCUUUUCAACUCAAAGAAUGAAUUGCUCCUUCAGCAACGUGCGACCGAAAAGAUCACCUUCCCUGAUAUGUGGACUAAUACCUGCUGCUCCCAUCCUCUUGGCAUACCCGGUGAAGGUGGUUCUGAGUUGAAUGAAGCUAUUAUGGGAGUCAAGAGAGCAGCACAAAGAAAGCUCGAUCACGAACUUGGCAUCAAACCUGCGCAGGUACCCAUCGAGGACUUUAAGUUUUUGACCAGAAUCCACUACAAAGCACCCAGUGACGGAAAAUGGGGAGAGCAUGAAAUCGAUUACAUCCUCUUUAUAACCGCCGAUGUCGAUCUCGAGCCAAACAUGAAUGAAGUCCGUGAUACUCGAUACGUUUCUGCCGACGGACUCAAGACUAUGUUCACCGAUCCUUCUUUGAAAUUCACACCUUGGUUCAAGCUUAUCUGUAACUCUCUCCUUUUCGAAUGGUGGGAGCACAAGGAUACCGAUCUCGAGAAGUAUAUGAAUGAGCAAGAUAUUAGAAGAAUGUGAGGAAGGUUUUGCAGGAGCAAAUCGGAUUAAAGAUGAACGAAAUGGAGGAGUUAUUGAGGAGCUGAGAAUUUCACCAUGCAUAAUGCAAAUUACAUAUUGGCAUUGAGGUUAAUCGCGACACCAAAGUUUGUACCCAACAGAAAAGCGAAUCACUUGAUUACGCCUAAUUAAUAUCAUCCAGUACGAUCAACGCGGGCCAAUCCCGAAUAUCUUUCCA